UGUGUUGAAGGGAGAAGACUUAGCACUGCAGUCAUCUCUGAGCAAAAAUAUUAUUUUUUUCAACUAAAACGCAGAGAUUAGAAAAAAAUAGGAGGUUUUACGCACAGCGCCAGGUCUUCUGGUGACUUGUGUUUACUUUGUUGUGUGAAAAUCUCGAGUCGUCGUGGUGUUUUGCGGCGGACUUGUUGUCGGCAUUAUGUGGGGGAUCCAGAGGACGCGGUAUGCAGACUGCAACGGCUCUGAAGCGAGCGAGGAGACGGAGAUUGUGGUUAACAUCGGCGGCGUGAAACAGGUGUUGUUCGGCGACGUGUUGAAUCGCUACCCGGACACCCGGCUGGCAGAGCUGGUGGACUGUUCACUGAAGUCUGCUGAAGAAAUAUCCACACUGUGUGACGACUACGACCCUGACACGGGAGAAUUUUAUUUUGACAGAGACCCCGAAGCAUUUAAGUGUAUCAUUGAGCUGUAUUUUUAUGGAGAGAUUCACAUGAAACGAGGCAUUUGUCCUAUUUGUUUUAUGAAGGAGAUGGAGUUCUGGAAGAUUGACUCUGAUUAUCUGGACGAGUGCUGCAAGUGCCACCUGAAGGAGGUCGAGGAUGAACUUGCAGAGAUCGCAGAGAAAGUGAGAACUAUCCUGGUGGACCGAGAGGGAGAUCCGUCUGCAGCCGGCUGGCAGCGCUUCCAGAUGUGCCUCUGGAGGCUGAUGGAGAAACCAGAGUCCUCGCUGCCUGCGCACAUCAUCGCUAUAGUUUCUUUCAUCUUCAUCCUCGUCUCCUCCGUGGUGAUGUGCGUGGGGACCAUCCCCGACCUGCAGGUGGAAGACGCGGAGGGUAACCUCACGGAGAACCCAACUCUGGAGGUCAUCGAGACCGUGUGCAUCGGCUGGUUCACUAUUGAAUACAUCCUGCGUCUGAUCUCCUCCCCAAAUAAAAUCAAAUUCGCCCUGGCGUUCAUGAACAUCAUCGACUUCAUGGCGAUCAUGCCCUUCUUCGUGGUGCUCAUUCUGACCUCCUUCGGCACAGGAGUGAUGGAGCUGGCUAACGUGCAGCAGGCGGUGCAGGCUUUACGCAUUAUGCGCAUUGCGCGCAUUUUCAAGCUGGCACGACAUUCCUCUGGACUCCAGACCCUCACAUCUGCCCUGAAGAGCAGCUUCAAAGAGCUCGGUCUGCUCCUCAUGUACAUGGGCGUGGGGGUCUUCCUUUUUUCCGCACUUGGCUACACCAUGGAGCAAAACCACCCGGAGACAUUGUUCACCAGCAUCCCGCAGUCCUUCUGGUGGGCUGUGAUCACCAUGACCACGGUGGGCUAUGGAGACGUCUACCCCAAGACCACUUUGGGUCGGUGUAACGCGGCCAUCAGCUUCCUGUGCGGGGUGAUCGCAAUAGCGCUGCCUAUACAUCCCAUCAUCAACAAUUUCGUCUUGUUCUACAACAAGCAACAGGUGCUGGAGACUGCUGCCAAGCAUGAGAUUGAGCUGAUGGCACUGCGCUCCGGAGACGCCGAGCUGGAGGCCGCGCCCGGCGCGCAUAAACAUGUUUGCGGCGCAGGGGUCUGGGACAACGCCAUGCGCUCCUGUCACAGCGACACAUACAUCCCCUUACUGAAGGACCCCAGAGGAGCAGCGGGGAUCCAGACCCCCAGCAUGGACACGAGCUUCGAGAGCACAGCUGAGGCCACUGAAUAUUUCAUCUCAUAAACAAUGAAGUCUGAAAAAAAAACACUCUGCAAAACAAGACAUCAAAUUCAUUGCUCAUUUUUGACUUAUUCAAACUUAACCCGCACAAUUCAGGGUUAAAGAUACCACGAUGACCGGAGACAUGAUUGUGUAUAGCCUUGUAGAAAUAACUGGUCUCCAAGGACCGGUAACGCAUUUGAGGAAUCGCGCCUAUUAAAGGGACAUAUGUGUGAGAUAUUGACUUGAUGAGCUGUGCCUUUGCGCAGUGACUCCCUGUAGGGUUUUCCAUUUGAACACCAAUUCCCCCAUGUAGGCUCCUUAUAUAACACCCCCCAUCCCCAACCCUCACACUCAUACUGUAGACUGCACUGUAGCUUACUCCUCUGUACAGAUAUACAUCACAAUGAAUGUUUAAAAAAAAAAAAGAUUGGCAGCUCCUCCAGGAGGAAAGAGAAAUGUUGUCAGGUUCAUGGUGGUUGUACAGCAGAGAUAAUUAACUUAGGGCCCACAGGCUCAAUCUGGCCCCCAAUAGGGUGUCGGGUGGCCCUGCAACCAUUUUCUAAUACACAAUAAAAAUAAAG